AUGGUGGGGAGAUCGGUGAAGGAAUACUGGAUUGUUGAGGGUGACUUUAAUGCUAUUAUUGAUGAAGCCAAAAAAGAAGGUGGCCGAAGGAAGCCAAGGGCAACUAUGGAAAAAUUUAGAGAUGUCUUGGAGGAUCUAGCUCUUGUGGAUUUAAAAAUAGACAGAGGGUGGUUCACUUGGGUUAAUAACCAUGAGGGUAAUAAGUUGGUCAAAGAAAGGCUUGAUAGAUUUCUUAUGUAUGCUAAUGCUAUUAAUAAGUUUCCUUUAAUUGCAACUAACGUUAUUAGACAAGCUAACUCAGACCGUGAUGCUAUCAUGCUGGGUACCAUGGGUCGGAAGCCUAAAGCAGAUAUCAAAGACCUGAAACUCUUCUUCAAGUUUGAUGUUUGUUGGUCGAGAGAUACGGAGGCUAAUGACAUUAUAAAAAAGAGCUUGGAGUAG